UCUGCAGGACUCGUGCGCGCUCAUCAUCAGCCGCAUCCGUACAUCUACACGCAAGCCAAACAUGAUGUCGCGCGCAUCAUUGGCCCGCGCACAGGGCUACCACACAUCCUCAAACAAACUUCAGUGGAAUACUGCAGUGCAGCGUUGACGGUAAAUAACAGGAUGUACUAGAUAUUUAUCCUCCCUGUAUCUCUGGAGACACGGUGAAAGGCAGUACAAACCCAUGUCCCUCUCUUCUAGCAGAAGGCCAUCUGCUGGUUCUCGCAGAAGGUCUGCGGCCCCGAGCAGCACUAGACACUUGCAUGGUGACUCGUCUGUCCGGAGCAGUUAUUCAACAACACCCUGCAAAUGCACAGAGAGCAAUACUGCAACACGUUCAAACCCAGCCACACCACGACGACAAGUGAAGUAUGCAGCCUGUAGUGAGAAUCACGGGAUCCGUCCGCCGGCACCCGAACAGUAUCUCACCCCCCUACAGCAGAAGGAAGUGUGUAUUCGGCACUUACGAGCUCGGCUGAAAGAAAAUGUGGAAAGGCUUCAGGACCGAGAUUCUGAGGUCGAGGAUUUACGGAUGCGACUGACUCAAAUGCAGGAGGAUUGGAUUGAGGAGGAAUGCCAUCGCAUAGAGGCCCAGCUGGCCCUGAAAGAGGCUCGGAAGGAAAUCCGGCAGCUUCAGCAGGCCGUGGACACAGUUAGGUCGAAUCUAGGUGUCCCUGAGUCAGAGCAACAGGACUGUAAGUCUGAAGGUUUAGGUACAGGUAGGAUAGGGCCACGAAUCGGGGCAUCUAGGUCUUGUGGCUGCUCCCCAGCCCACACUAUGAAUCGCAGUGCCACUUUCACCAGGCUUAGUAGCGAGACGUCACCCUGCACCACGGACCGUAAUGGAAACGUGCAUUCCACACACUACAUUCCCGCCAACAGAGGCGCGAUGACGUUACCUAGAGGUGACGGUCGCACUCAUCUUCUUCUGGAAGCGGCUCUGCUGCCUGAGCAUCUUCCACAUGCACAAAUAUGCUCGGCUUUGUCGCGAUCCUCCACCUGCGAGAGGUUGUGCGGCGGAGAGGCGAUACUGCCGGUUAGUCGAUCUUGCCAUGCCGUGAACAACAACUGCAGCUGUGGCCCACAUACCUACCUCCCACAUCACCAUCUGUUUUUGCACCUCCCACAGGAGGAAGCACCUCCUCCGCCUUCCCCACCUCCAGCGCCCCCUAGUGCAUCAGAGGUAGGUGACAGGCCAGGGUACCGUUCACAAGCUUGCAGUCCCACCAUAACCUGGAUUUCCGAAGAGGGUGGAGGCGAGGAGCUGAGCAUCAUCACUUCGGCAACCUGCGGCCCAGAUGCUGAGCCGCAAGUAUUUUCGCCACCAUCUGCCGCUCAGAUGUCGUACAUCACAGAAUCUUUGCCGCUUGAAAUGACAUCAUCGACAACGACGCCUACAGUGUUGACCAUACCUCAAGUUCAUCAGCCUUGCACCAGAGCUUCACCACCUUCAGAGGAAGCCGUGUUCGUCGAUGAUGAAGAUGGAAUGGGUGGAGCGUCUGCCUCGGAGGAGGAAGCAGAAUUCGCUUCUCCUCAGAUGAGCCAUUGGAGUCGUUACUUCCUAAUCGAUCUGUUAGCUGUGGCUGUACCUGUAGUGCCCACGCUCGCAUGGCUUUGCAGAGGGUCAAGAAAUGAAGGCAUGCCCAUGUACAACAUGAGCUCCCUGUUGCGAGGCUGCUGUGCCGUGGCAUUGCACUCUUUAAGGCGAGCCGGCAGCAGAUGCGAUCAUGACCCCUCGGGAACAGGAAGAGCAAAACCUAUUUGAAAACAUCGAAAAGAAAAUUAACUUCAUCUUGGGUUGCUCUUGGCUAAAUAAUAUUUUCGAGUCAAGUAGGUCUUAAUCCAUUAUACCAAUGCUUGUUUGGGACAAUGAUCGAGGGAACCUUAUUUGCACAGACUGUUUGCUCUUGCUCAUUUCCACCAUUUGUUUUCCCUUUUCCUUCUGGCUCUCUUCUUAUCUGCAUAAUUUCCUCUCAUUCUAGGCUGAAACCGAGUUGGCAAUACAUAGUCAUGGAGCAAAUAAGCAGCAAUAAGUUACAAGCCGAGCAGAGAACGUACAGAUCCCUAUUUUGACAGGGAUCAAGUUUAGGGAUGUUCAUUUCAGUUCAUUUUCCUGACUGACAGCUGCAGCUUUCAGCCCGAAUAUUAACCGUUAACUGACAAGAUUUUAAUAUUAAUUUGUCAUUGGGUAAAAAUACAGUUGACAAUACAAACAUUUAACUUGAUUUUAAAUAAUUUAUCAUACAAAUUAUUAUUUUACCAAUAAAAUAAUAAUUCACGUCAUUUACAGGCCAUUUACAAAUUAAGGAUAGAAAAGUGCACUGCAAAAAAAGAUUUUCACGAAAAACUUUUCUUAGUAUUCUUGUUUUCAGUAAAAAUAUCAAAACAAUUCUAGUCUAGUUUUUAGACCAAAAAUUUAAACUUUAGGUAAAUUAGUGCUUAAAACAAGUAAAAAAAAAUCUGGCAGAUUUUUUUUCCUUGUUUUAUGCACAAAAUCACUUAAAUUUGAUAUUUUUGGUCUAAAAACAAGACUUAUUUUUUUUGCUCAUCAAGAAAAGCAUCUUAAUUUAAGAAUGUUUAGAUAUUUUUACGGAAAACAAGACAAAAAUACUAAUAAUUUUUUUUUUGAAAAUCUUUUUUUGCAGUGUGGUGAAAUCUCUGUAGGCACAUGCCGACAUGCACUGUGUCAAAUAUUUUUUUUCUUUUAACUGAUAAUAUUAAUUGGUCAUAAAUUCUUACAUUUGGUUAACCGGUUAAUAUGAACAUCCCUAAUCAAGUUAAACGAAUUCCUUUACAAUAAGUAAGGGUUCUGUGUGUAGGGAUGCACUGAUACAAAAAUGCAUUUCAAAAUAAUUACACAGCAUGAACAUCCUCCACUUUUGUUUGUCAGGAUAAAAUCUGCCCUGAUCAUCGGCUGUUUUUAAACAAUCGUCCAAUAGUGGGAAAAAAUCUGCCUACCCGCUUGUUAAGUCAUGACAUUUGGAAAACUGUUUCUGAGUCCAUAGAGGAUAUUAUAUAAACAACCGUUUAUGAGCACUAUUUAUUCAUAUUACACAUUUACGCAAAAAAAAGAAACACUUACAAGAGCAGUGUCCAAGCUCACAGAACCACAAAAGCAAAAUAUUAAUAGUUUAUACAAAAUUAUGUCCAGGAGUCCAUGUUUGGUCAUCUUGGAUAUUGUUAUAGAGAUAAAAGGAUUAGGUGUUUUUGAAUUGUUAUACACUGCAAAAAAAAUGACUUUCUUACUUAGUAUUUUUGUCUUGUUUUCAGCACAAAUAUCUAAAAAUUCUUAAAUCAAAAUGUAUUUUCUUGAUGAGCAAAAUGACCUGAGAAAAUAAGUCUAGUUUUUUUUUAAGACAAAAAAAGUGAAAAGUGAAUUGGUGCUUAAAUCAAACAAAAUAUCUGCCAAUAGGGUGAGAAAAAAAAUCUUGAAAUAAGUUGAAAAUGUUUUCUUUAACACUUAAUUUAAGAAAAAUGUUCUAUAUCUGGAAGAUAUAUAUUUUUUGCUUGUUUUAAGCACAAAUUCACUUAAAUUGUAUGUUUUUUUGUCUAAAAACUAAACUUAUUUUCUUAGCUCAUCAAGAAAAUAAAGAAAAAUCUUGAUUUAAGAAUUUUUUUACUUAAAACAAGACAAAAAUUCUUGUUAUUUCCUUAUGGCAUUUGAGGUCAGUUGGACCCGAAAGCGGUGGAUGACGUCAGACUUUUAACAAGCGGAUACCGAGUAUAGGCCGAUAUAUCUGUGCAUCCGUAGUUCUUAGGACUUUGUUCUUUUUCCAUUACAUUCUCAUUAUUAAUUUUAUUUAUGACAACGUGAAGCAUUAUGUAAUUCACUGUUCUGAUGACAUGUACUGAAACUAUACUUUCUUAUUUAACAUUAUAUUGUAAUUUAUUUACAUAUUUAAAUUAUAGAAUACGUAAAAAAAAAUUGUUUAAAAUGUCAUAUUUUAUUGAAAAAGUAUUGGACUGUAAAGAUUUAAACAUUUUCAGGUUUGAGAGGGAACUCAGGUGACAAGAUAGAGAAAUUAAUGAGGGCAGAAAUGUUUUAUCAACAAUAGUUGUCAUAAUGACAUCAUUUGUAAUAUCGUAAGAUUUCUAUUUAAUUAAAGUAAGAUUUUUGCUUAAUUAAAAAAAUAAACUGAUAAUUGCUGCAUGCAUCCAGCCAAAUUAGUAAAAUACUUAUGUGAGUGAAUAAUACUGGCAUAUCGGGAAAUUAUUAUAAGGGCUGUUUAAGAUGCAUGUUAGCUAAAUUACUAGUAGUUUGGUAUUACUUUUAAUUGACAUUUGGAUAGUUGGUCUUGAUUUGUGACCCUGGACCACAAAAACAGUCAGAAGUCAAAUGGGUAUAUUUGUAGCAAUAGCAUUAUAGAUUUUUCUUUUAUGCCAAAGAUCUUUAGGAUAUUAGGUAAAGAUUAGGUUCCAUAAAAAUACAUUUUAUUUACAUUAAAGGUGAUUUUCUCAAUAUUUGUUUUUUGCACACUCG